AUUUACAGGUUUCAUCUCUUCGAUGACGCCUGCAAACUUCCCUUAUUAGAAUCUCUGCUAGGGUUCCUCGACUCUCCAUCUCCACCUUCUCCUCUCCAUGGCGGAGGUCAUCGAGGCACCUUCCGAACCCAUCGAUCGCCAUUUGGAUCGCCAGCCGGAAAGUCCCUGCGGAAGAUCUACCUCCCCUCUUCCUCCUCCUCCUCCUCCUCCUCCUCCUCCUAAGAAGAGGGAUUUAGAUUCCAGGGAGAGGAUGGAUGACCCCCAAGAUACCCGUGACCGCUCGCCGCCUAUUCCCCCGCCUGCUCCAUCAGGGGCUCCGAGGGGCGACAGGAAUCGGGAGUAUCGUCGCAGGAGCAGCCCCAGUCCUCCUUCGUACCGCGAUCGCAGGCGCUCGCCUCUCCGACGGUCUCCUCCUCCACGGGGGUCAUUUAAGCGAGCCAGGAAGGAUGACGGUGGAUAUGACCGUCGUCGCGGUAGCCCCAGAGGGGGUUAUGGGCUGGAUGACAGAAGGUAUGGACAUGAUUAUGGUGGUGGAUAUGAACGGGGUGGAGGAAGAUAUUGUGAUGACAGACCUCAUGGACGUUAUUUAAAUCGUACGGCAGAUUGUCCUGAUUCAGGACAUGAUGGCUAUGUUGAUGGCUUUGAGGGUGCUCAAAGGGGAGGUCUGAUGUCGUAUAAACAGUUCAUCCAGGAACUUGAAGAUGAUAUUUCACCUACUGAAGCUGAGCGCAGGUAUAAAGAAUACAGAUCCGAAUAUAUUUCCACUCAGAAACGAGCUUAUUUUGAAGCUCACAAGGAAGAACAAUGGUUGAAAGACAAAUAUCAUCCAACUAACUUGGUGGUUGUGAUUGAGAAGAGGAAAGAACGAGCUAGAUUUAUAGCGAAGGAAUUCUUGCUUGAUUUGCAGAGUGGGACACUUGACCUUGGCCCUGGCCUAACAACUCCCGCAUCUAGCAAGUCUGGGAAUAGCAGUGAACCAAACUCUGAAGAUGAGUCAGAUCCCAGUGGAAAAAGGAGAAGAUACAACAAGGGAACCACAAGAGAACACGAUCAGGUUUCCGAUGCUCCCAAGGCUCACAUAGUUACCUCUGAGUCUUGGCGAACUCGAAUGGACAUCGAACAAACACUAGCCUUGGUCCAUAAACUUGAUCUGGAGAAGGGUAUCCAGGAUAAUGUCCUCUCCAGCAGCAGGCAUGAUGUGCUGGAUGCUGAGAAAUCCCAUGGAGGAUCUAUGGGCCCAAUCAUAAUUAUUCGUGGUCUCACCUCCGUCAAGGGCCUUGAGGGUGUCGAACUGCUGGAUACAUUGCUCACAUAUUUAUGGCGUGUUCAUGGUCUGGAUUAUUAUGGUAUGUCUGAGACAUCUGAACCAAAGGGUCUUCGACAUGUCAGAGCUGGCCCUAAGAUUGCUGAUGGAAACACUGCUGGAGGCUCAGACUGGGAGACAAAACUCGCUUCAGUAUGGAAGGCAAGAUUUCAAGGCCAGGAUCCCUUGGAAACUCUGACUGCCAAAGAGAAAAUAGAUGCGGCAGCUACACAGGCCUUUGAUCCUUUGGUGAGAAAGAUAAGAGAUGAAAAAUAUGGUUGGAAAUAUGGAUGUGGAGCCAAAGGUUGCACUAAGCUUUUCCAUGCUCCUGAAUUUGUUCAUAAGCAUCUCCGACUGAAACACCCAGACCUUGCUAUUGAGUUAACCUCGAAAGUUAGGGAGGAGCUUUAUUUCCAAAAUUACAUGAACGAUCCAAAUGCACCCGGAGGAACUCCUAUUAUGCAGCAAUCUCAGCUGAAGGCAAAAAUACAAAGGCGUAGGCCUUUGUUAGAUAAUCGUUUGAGAGAUGAAUGCAGCAACCGCAGAGAUUUCAACAGGCAGGAUAGAGAUGCUGACAAGCAUGACAGGUUCGACAACUCCCCUCGUGACACCAAUGGCCGCUCAGAUGAUCAUCAUCCUGACAAACCUUCAUAUGAAGUCUAUGCGGGACAAAGUGUGCAUGGAGCUUUCCCUGCAGAUGUUCCUGCACCACCCAUCUUAGUUCCUGUACCUGGUGCUGGGCCGCUGGGUCCCUUUGUCCCUGCCCCGCCAGAGGUGGCGAUGCACAUGAUGAGAGAUGGUGGCGGACCAUCAUCGUUCGAAACUAAUGGUGGCCCUCAUGGUAGAAAAAGAAGGCUUGGUCUGUCUCCAAUUGUUUCUAUGCCUCCAUUUCAACCAGAUCCACGUCGCCUAAGAAGGUUGGUUGAUCUUUCAUCCAUUUUACCUACAUCAAUGCAAAUACUUGUGGCCCUUCUAGCUUUUCAGGCUUUAGUUAUCUUGUUUGCGGAGCAAAUUGUACCCUGUCAUCUCCUUGCAGCUACCGAGAUCUUGAUGCUCCAGAGGACGAAGUGACUGUUAUGGAUUACAGGAGCUUGUAGCACACUUUAACCUGGAACAUCCCAUCAACCUUGUUCUCUUAGAAAUGGUACAGUUGAAGCUGGUUGACAACUUGGCUUCCAAGGAGUUGCAUUACCCACUUUCAGUAUGCACGGAGUGCGAAUCUCUUCAUUUUUUCCAUUUAACCGGUCCACCUUCCCGUUGUUUAGCUCCAUUACUAUACUUUGCAAUCGAGAAUUUUGCUAAUAUCAUUCGAUGACUUCUCCAA